ACCACAAGCACUUCACACAGUUCGUAUUCAUAGUGUUCACACCACAACCACCACCACCUCCAAUUUCUCUCUCUAACUUUCUCUCUCUAGAACAGAGGAAAAGAGAAGCACAUUUCCGCCAUGGACGCAGCAUCGCAGCUCGUCUACUGCGGAAUCGAUUCCUUCAAUCGCUCCUCUCCUUCCCUGCGCCGCCGCCACACCCUCCUCAACCUCCGCCGCCGCUCUAGCCGCGUUUUCGCAGUCUCUGCCGAGCCGAAACCCGCGUCGCCGAAAACCGUCAACGGAGUGAAAUCGAGGUCGCCGCCGAGCAGAACCGUCAACGGCGUCUCCACGAGAAUUGGAGAUGUUUCGAAGGAGAUUAAGAGAGUGAGGGCGCAAAUGGAAGAGGACGAACAGUUAGCGUCGCUCAUGAGAGGUCUUCGAGGGCAGAAUUUGAAGGACUCGCUCUUCGCCGAGGACGAUGUUGAACUUCGCCUCGUUGAGGUAGAUGAGAGUAGUGAGUUUUUGCCUUUGGUGUAUGAUCCUGCAAGCAUUUCUGCGUAUUGGGGAAAACGUCCACGUGCGGUUGCAACUCGCAUUGUGCAGUUGUUAUCUGUUGCUGGAGGCUUUCUUUCGGGUAUAGCGUGGGAUGUCAUUAACAAGAAGGUUAAAGAGAAUGAAGUUGCUAGGGCAAUUGAGUUACGUGAAAUAGUAACAUCUUUGGGUCCAGCGUACAUAAAACUUGGGCAAGCAUUGAGCAUUCGACCUGAUAUACUGUCACCUGUAGCAAUGACGGAGCUGCAGAAGCUUUGUGAUAAAGUUCCUUCAUUUGCAGAUGAUGUGGCUAUGGCUCUAAUUGAGGAGGAGCUUGGACAGCCAUGGCAAAACAUCUAUUCUGAACUAUCACCUUCUCCAAUUGCUGCUGGUAGCUCUCCAGACAACCAGUAUUUAUCUUUCUGUGAAACCUAUGCAGCAUCUCUUGGACAGGUAUAUAAGGGCCGCCUAAAGGAAAAUGGGGAUUUGGUGGCUGUCAAAGUGCAAAGGCCUUUUGUUCUUGAGACAGUUACAAUUGACUUAUUCAUUAUUAGGAACCUUGGUUUGGUUCUUCGAAAGUUUCCUCAGGUCUCUAUUGAUGUGGUUGGGUUAGUUGAUGAGUGGGCUGCUCGGUUUUUUGAGGAGUUAGACUAUGUGAAUGAAGGUGAAAAUGGAAACCGUUUUGCUGAAAUGAUGAGGAAAGACCUACCACAGGUUGUCAUACCAAGAACCUACCAUAAGUAUACAUCAAGGAGGGUUCUUACAACAGAAUGGAUUGAUGGAGAAAAGCUGUCACAGAGCACAGAAAGUGAUGUUGGUGAACUGGUUAAUGUUGGAGUCAUCUGCUAUCUAAAACAGCUUCUUGAUACUGGAUUUUUUCAUGCUGAUCCACACCCAGGGAAUUUGAUCCGCACUCCUGAUGGAAAACUUGCCAUACUUGACUUUGGGCUUGUUACAAAACUAACUGAUGAUCAAAAGUAUGGGAUGAUUGAAGCAAUUGCUCAUCUUAUCCAUCGGGAUUAUCCAGCCAUAGUAAAAGACUUUGUUAAACUUGAUUUCAUUCCAGAUGGUGUCAAUUUGGAGCCUAUCUUGCCAGUUCUUGCCAAGGUUUUUGAUCAGGCCUUAGAAGGUGGAGGGGCAAAAAACAUCAAUUUUCAGGAGCUGGCAUCAGAUUUGGCUCAAAUUACCUUUGAUUAUCCUUUUAGGAUACCCCCAUACUUUGCCCUUAUAAUUAGAGCAAUUGGAGUUCUGGAAGGGAUAGCUUUAGUAGGAAAUCCUGAUUUUGCCAUUGUUGAUGAGGCCUAUCCAUAUAUUGCGCAGAGGCUCCUCACAGAUGAAUCUCCUCGGCUAAGGGAUGCUCUACGCUACACUAUAUAUGGGAAAUCUGGAGUUUUUGAUGCUGAAAGAUUUAUUGAUGUCAUGCAAGCCUUUGAGAAUUUCAUUACUGCAGCCAAAAGUGGUGGUGGAGAGGAUAUGAAUGGGAAUAUGGCUGAGCUUGGGAUUCUUACUACUAGUCAGUCAGAAUAUUUGUUGCCAGGAUUCCAAUCUGUUAUGUCUCAACCACAGCAGCCAGUGCAAACAAGGGCAGCUUUAGCUUUCUUGCUGUCUGAUAGGGGGAAUUUUUUCCGAGAAUUUCUUUUGGAUGAGAUUGUUAAGGGCAUUGAUGCAGUGACAAGGGAACAACUGGUAAGAAUAAUGGCCUUACUAGGGAUUCAGAAUGCAACCCCUGUUUUUAGUAUGGUACCCACUGUGGGACCCUUUAAGCCCGCGGCUCUUAUACCCGCCAUAACUGAAGAGGAUGAAGUUAUAUUGAACAAUGUCCAGAUGGUGGUGGAGUUCUUGACUGCAGGAAGUUCUCUAUCAAGAACAUCUAGUCAGGCACUGAAUAUUCCUCAGAUUAUCCAAGAGCUUCUUCCAGUGCUACCUGGCAUCUCUGUUAAAGUGCUUCCUGAUGUUGUUAGCAGAUUAUCUUCUCGGGUUUUAGCACGAUUAAUACGUGACACAUUUUUGUGAGAGAAUUCUCUCGACCUUACUACCUUAGGCCACACAAUUGUGUAUAUUUUUACAGUGGUCAAAACCACUAUACAAGUAUAUAUAAUAUAUAAUAUAACCAAUAUUUUGUUAAAA